CGACGACAGAACUAGUAAAUGAGGCUGAAGUGGGAUUGAAAAGAAAGAUUAGAGCUUGGAAAUUAUUAACGCGACAAAUUUCAUUCGAGGAGUUUCGCUUCGUAUAAGUUAUACCAGGGCACAAACCCCUUCGUGCAUUGGGGAGAAAAGAUCAGAGCAGCUUAGAAAUUAUAUUCAACAGAGUUUUGAUUCCAUGUUCAACGUCUAUACCGGGACGAAAGGGUCAAAGACCCCCACAGGUUAUGAACAAUAGCAGCAUCCAUGGUUUAAACAAGUUUCAAUUUGAAAAAGUCCACCAUAAUUGUGUGAGAAAAUUGCUCUAAUACGUGUGUAUCUUCUUCGAUUGAGACGAUUAAUAGUGCCACAACAAAAAGCUGAUCGAUCGAGUCUCUGGGCGUCUGGCUGUUAUACAUAUACAUGGCGGACAAAAAGCAGCUCAUAUUGGUGGUUGAAGGUACCGCCGCUCUAGGUCCUUACUGGCGCACUAUAGUCUCCGAUUACCUCGAAAAAGUUAUCAGGUCCUUCUGUGAUAGUGAGUCUUUGAAACCAUCUGGGACUAUUACCGAGCUGGCACUUAUAAUAUUCAAUGCUCACGGAUCUUUUAGCUCUUGCUUAGUACAAAGGAGUGGGUGGACAAGAAAUGUUGAUUACUUCUUUGAAUGGCUAUCAGCCAUUCACUUCACUGGUGGUGGUUUUUGUGAUGCUGCAAUUGCUGAAGGACUUGGUGAAGCUUUAAUGAUGUUUCCUCCCCAAAACAUAUCCCAAAAUCAACACAAUUUAGGUGUUCAAAGACAUUGCAUACUUGUAGCUGCAAGUAAUCCUUAUCCACUUCCAACACCAGUUUAUCGACCCCCAAUGCAAAAAAUAGAACCAACUGAUAACAAUGAAGCACAAUCAGAAAGUCGUUUAUCAGAUGCUGAAACUAUAGCUAAAGCAUUUGCUCAGUGUUCUGUUUCUUUAUCAGUUAUAUGCCCUAAACAGCUUCCGAAACUCAAAGCAGUCUAUAAUGCGGGAAAAAGGAACCCUUCCUCAGCUGAUCCUACAAUUGAUAUUGUGAAAAAUCCACAUUAUCUUGUACUCAUUUCAGAAACAUUCUUGGAGGCUCGUGCUGCUUUAAGUCGAUCAGGAAUUACGAAUUUGCCCUCUCAAAAUCCUAUAAAAGUAGAUUCAACUUCAAUUCCUCCUGUUUCAGCCCCUCCUCCAUCUUCAGUUCCACCAGCAAAUGGGCCCAUGAUGAAUAGACAAGCAGUUCCUGUAGGAAACAUUCCUCCUGCAACUGUGAAAGUCGAGCCAACAACGGUUACUUCAAUGCCACCUGUACCGAUACCUAUACCUGCACCAUCAUUCCAACACGUGCCAGCUGUCCCACGUCCUACACCACCAAUGCAAAUGUCAUCACCAUUAUCUGUUUCACAAGAAAUGUUAUCAAGUAAUGAUGGAAUCCAAGAUAUGAAGCCAAUUGUGAGUAAUAUACAGCCACCUAUGCGUCCAGCUGUCACUGUAAAUCAUAACAUUCUCAACAACUUAUCACAAGUAAGAAGCAUCAACCAAGCAGCCAUUGCUGGAGGAACAUCCAUGGUAAUACCAAAUCCCAUGGCUGUGCAUAUGUCCAACAUGAUAUCAAGCGGAAUGGCAUCCACAAUUCCCGUGAUCUCAUCUUCGCAAUCAGGGAUUCCAUCGAUGGUGGGGUCCGUGACCGCACAGGUGGCAUCGACUGUCCCUGGUUCUUUUGCUUCGGCUACAUCGAAUAUUUCACAACCGAUUCAAGGAAGCGUUGGAAUGGGUAAUUCCGUUCCGGGGAUGAGUCAAGGGACCAUUCCUGGGUCGCAAAUGGUGCAGAGUGGAAUGGGAAUGAGUCAGAAUAAUAUGAUGAGUGGUGUAGUAGGUGUAGGUCAAUCAGGUAGCGGAACCGGAACCGGAACUGGAACCGGAACCGGAACGGGAACCAUGACUGGAAUGGGAUCAAUGAUGCCGACUCCGGUGAUGACUCAGCAACAAGUACAAGGAAUGCAAUCUGGUGGUGCAUUGCAAUCAGCACAGUCAAAAUAUGUCAAAGUCUGGGAGGGGAAUUUAUCGGGUCAGAGACAAGGCCAGCCUGUAUUUAUUACAAGAUUAGAAGGGUACCGGAGUGCAUCGGCUUCAGAAUCGCUUGCAGCAAAUUGGCCACCAACAAUGCAAAUAGUGCGACUUAUAUCUCAAGAUCACAUGAACAACAAGCAAUAUGUGGGAAAAGCAGAUUUCCUAGUUUUUCGGGCAAUGAAUCAACAUGGAUUCCUCGGUCAACUGCAAGAAAAGAAGCUUUGUGCAGUGAUUCAGCUGCCUUCACAAACGCUUUUACUCUCUGUUUCUGAUAAAGCAUGUAGACUAAUUGGAAUGCUUUUCCCUGGGGACAUGGUGGUGUUUAAGCCACAGAUAUCGGGUCAACAACCACAACCACAACAGCUUCAACCGCAACAGCACCCGCAAAUGCAACAGCAACAGCAACAGCAACAGCAGCAACACCUGCAGCAGAUUCCGGCACAGGGGCAGCAACAGCAGCAGGCGGCACCACCACAACAGCAGCAGAUGGUGGGGACAGGGAUGAAUCAAGGGUAUGUUCAAGGUCCUGGAGGGAGGACACAAAUGGUGGUGUCUCAAGGACAGGUGUCAUCUCAAGGCCCACAAAGCAUGUCCAGUGGGAGCUUUAUUAACUAA